GAGGAGUUCUCCCUGCAGAGGUCCUGCAGACCUGGAGGAGCUGACAUGAUCCACUUCCUCCCUCCGUGGGUUGUGGAGGCGAUGACGCUCAGGACCAGGAAGCUGCUCUUCAUGCUCAUCCUACUGGACUUCACAAGCGAUAUCUGGACGCUGCCGGCCCCCAGUGGCGUCUUCGUGGACUCUGUGGACAUGAAGCACGUGCUGACGUGGGCGCCGCCGAAGGCCCUCUGCAACACCACGCUGCUGUACUCGGUCCAGUACCAGGGGGACUUUGAGCGUCUGAUGAACGGCUCCUGGCUGAAGCCUCCAGAAUGCCAGCAGAUCCAGGUCACUCGGUGCGACCUGACCCACGACCUGGGUUCUGACUCGGACUACAUCAUUCAGGUCCGGGCGCAGUGCGGCCCGCAGCUCUCAGCCUGGACCGGGUCCCAGUUCAACAGGAAAGACACUGUUCUGAAGGCUCCUGACAUGAAGGUGACGAUGGCGGGCGACGUCCUCCAGGUGUCCAUUAAGAAACCUCUGACCGCCACUGGCAGAGUGACGGUGUGGAGGAAAGACCACGAGCUGCAGCCGGUGGUUCACGUCAUGUCCGACGAACAGGAAGUGCUGCACAUCGCCUCCCUGCAGGAGGGGGCGGAGUACUGCAUGAAGGCCCAGGUGGUCCUGCACACAGGGGUCCACAGCAGCUUCACCGACACCCACUGUGUGUUCGUCACAGGUCCAGGCGCUCCGGCCUGGAAGAAGCCCACCACAGUGACGGUGACCGUGGUCGCCAUGUUGGGCCUUUUGGUCGGUGUGUUCUGGUUCAUCGUUCACUGCCGGCCAAAGUCCUGCCAGCAGUAUUUCCAAAAGCCGACGUUGCCGCCUCACUUUUGGGUGUCGGACCCGCACGUCAUCGUUGCUGUUCCGGGUGGACCCCGUGAGGACUCUGACAUCCUCGAGGUGGAGACACAAGAACAGAUGACGCACGACAAAACUGAAAACCCCGACAAGGUCCACCAGACCGACGAAGUACAGGACCUGAACUCACCUGAGCCUCACCCAGGUCCCAGUGAAAGACUUCUAGAUGAGGAGGGAACACUGCGAGGAACGGCACCCAACCCCCCCUCGGAGGUUCUGCCAGACUGCCAGGUUCUUCCUGCUGACUGGAACUCAACGGCGGUAGAACAGGAGGUUCUGCUGGGUCCGUUUGGAUUCAGGAUCCAGCCAUCUGUGCCUCUUCUCUGCCUGCUUGACUCUGCUCAGGCUGGUGAGGAGCUGGAGCUGCUCUCCAGAGGUUCUGGGACGAGGGGCCGGGUCCAGUCAGGACCGGUCCACCACACAGAGACAAAGAGCCGUGCACAUUCAGGACCAGAUCCAGGUCUCUGAUCACCCCAACAGGCAGGUUUUUGGACUGAUGGGCACUUAAAUAAAGCCACACAUGCACAGGAGACAGUGUGCACGUCCUGAAGGGAACAAAGCCAGCGAGGAGUUGAACCAGCAACCUUCUACCUGCUGUGCGGCGCUGGUUCCAUGCAGCUUGACUGCAGGCGAGGGACAGAAGUCCCGACGUCGAUACGUUCAGGAAGACGAGCGUCACUCCAGGAAACAGGAAGCGUGGGAAACAGGAAACGUGGGAAACAGGAAGCGUGGGAAACAUCUUUAUAACAAAAACUGAGAGAAAUGUGGAAAAGACUUUUUAAGUCCAAACCAAAGUUUGUUUAGAGAAGAAAUAAAAUAAAAUGUGUUUUGCUUUAAGGAACGUGAACAAAACAUUACAUCUGGAAAACGAUGGCAGUGACUUCUGUUCACGCUCGUCACGAAGCAGAAACUUUUUGUGUCGGAUAUUUCAAUCUUUGUUUUACAGAGUUCAGGGUCUUCAUUUUAAAACAUCCCUAAAAUAAACAACAACAAUAUUUCUAACAUCAACCAAAAAAAAGAAAAUAAUCUGAAAUAUAAAUAAAACAAACAAACAAACACAGGUUUAAUUUGAUAUUUCACUGCUACAUAACCAAUUAGAAACAUAAAACCACAUAAAUACU